GGUAUAACCCAAAGUUUCAUGUGUUUCGUAUGAUUUUCCAAAUUCGGUUUCAUUCUGUCUAGAAACCUUGUUCAGAUUACUCACUGAGCAGAUACGACAGAUUACUCUUAAAUUCUAUUUUCACCAAGCAUUUCCCUUGGAAAUUUGUUGUGGCAAUGGCGCGUUACCUGUACGCUGACCACAUUUUGGAGGCCUUCAACGUAUUCCGUCGCCCACUCAACCUGGACGAGGUGGCCUCGUAUGUGGCCGAAAUGGAGGCCAAGGCUGUUGACGAGGUGCGACUGGCGGUGGAUAACACGCUGACCGCCGGCUGGAUGCACGGAUUCCUGGCCAUAGAGGACGGUCUGUUCACGCUGGCCUGCGGCUACUGGGACGAGACGCAGCCGUCUGGCGGCAAGAGAGGGAGACGCCACACAGCGAAAGCAAUGCUAAGGAGUUAAUGGUGAAUCUAUCAGAAUCAAAAGUCUUGUCGCUCUACCAUGGUGGGCUUUGCACAAAAAAAAAAAAAAAUAAUAAGAGAGGGCACAAAAUUGUUUGGAUAAUUUCCGAAAAUUGCUAGAAAUAAAACCGUAAUGCUUUCCAA